UUUGAGCGUCGAUCUGGAGCUGCGCUGAUCCGGGGGGUGAAGUGGGUAAACGUGGGGAAGACCAGCAUCAUGAUGGAUCACCAUCACCCGUACAUGAUCAGUGACUCCCUUAUACACAUUUUUACAUUUCUGAACGAGAAAGAUUUAAGCAGUGCGUCAGUCGUGUGCAAGGGUUGGAAUGACGCUGCGGAGACUCCUUGGUUAUGGAGGAGGCUGUGUCUGCAGCGCUGGAGCUUCUGCAGCCGUGCCGCUGUAGGGAGUGAGCUUGUGAGUCACUCGUGGAAGAAAUACUUCCUGCAGCGCUGCUUCUUGGAAACAAAAAUGACAAAAGGCAGCACAGGAGGUUACACAUGCAAAAGCCUGAGAGGACACACUGGGAGGGUGGUGGGGUUGAUAUACCUGCAGGGAAACUCGGCCCAGCUCCCAGACCUUUGGAGCACCAGUGCCAUUGUGUGCAGUGCUUCUGCAGAUGGUACAGUUCGAGCUUGGAACAUCCAAAAUGGUGAGCUGUUGUGGUGCAGUCCGGUGCAAAGUCCUUUGAGAGGGAUUGUAAGUGAUGAGCAGCAUGAAGUUGUGAUCACAUCAGACUCGGAUGGCCUCAUUAAGAUCUGGCAAGGCCGGACUGGCCAGGAGGUGGCCUAUUUUCCUACUGCAUCUCCACACUGUGCAUUGCUGCAAUACAACAUAAACAAUGACUGGUUCCUGAGUGUUGGAACCAGUCAGGGAUCAGUGUGUACACUGGCUGAUGUUUCCUUGACUAAAAAGUCCAGUGUAAUGGUUUGUAACUCUUUUAGAGUCAACAUUCUUCUAGUUUCACCUGACAAGAAAUGGAUCACAGCUGGAACCAAGGACAGCGAUGAUUUAAGUCCAAAGAUGAUCUACACUAAGAGUUUGACCUCACCGUCUGAAGACGAGGAUCCUCUGUGCCAGUCGUUGCCUAUCAAUGGGUGCCAGGCCGCUGUCUUCAUACCCACCCAGCCUGCCAGACUGGCCAUCGUCCACUGCACUGAGCACAGACACAACAAAGCCCUUACUGUUUUCGAUGUCAGCAUUAAAAAGAUGAAGUACAAGUCAGAGAUCCUGGUCCAGCAGGUGGAGUCCUUCCCCUUAGCGCUGAACACCCGGUACCCACAAAUCCUCCUUGAGGCCAAGAACAGCAACUGCAUAGUCCUGGCAGCUGGGGAACAGCUGUGGGUGUACUCAUUAAAGGGAGCCCUGCUUGCAAGCUUUAAAGAUCAUACACUGCCCAUCUCCUCUAUAUGUGUGGAUAGUUUCCGUGUGGUGACGGCAUCUCAGGACCUCUCCUUACGAGUGUUGACAUGGAGGAAUGACAGAGACGAUGGACUGACUCUAGAGAGUCAGUACCACUUACUAGGAGGCUCUCACACCAUGUCCAGAGGGUUCACUCACGUCACCUGUGACUACUCCAGCAUUGUGGCGUCCGUGGAAGGUAAAGAUGGGAAAGACAUCCUUAAAGCCUAUACUUUUUCAUCUUGAGUAUUUCAGCCUGGCUGCAGUUUACACAACUCACUAGACAAAACUGCAUUUGAUUUUAUUAUGAACUGCUUGUAACACACAUCAGAAAUUAUUGGUGCAGUCACGUUUACAAAAACAAUUAUGAAGGUUAUUGUAAAGGCAGUUACCCAUUAUGUUAACUGAACUGUUAACAGAUGAGAAAACUGUGAGAACAUUUGGAUAAAUUGCAACGAUACAUUUGCAGCUGAGGCAUCUACGUUUUGAAUGUGGCCAGGCUUAAGGCACAAAGUGUCCCAAAAUAUUCUGGUCCUCUGUUCUUCAUUAUGUAAUCUCUACUGUCAAUUAAUACUGAUGUUAGUUUUGUAUUCAUUACAAUAAACUUCAUGAAUAUUUUUAUUUCAAGAUCAUGCUAACAGAUAUGGCCUUUUACAGAACAAUAAUAAUAAAAUAAGAUAAUAAAAGGCACAAA